GGAGACCAAUCCACAGCGCUACUUCCUGUGAUGCUAACCUCGAGUCUAGAAAACAGCUGACGCGUCGAUAUUUGAGCGUCGGUCGAUCGCAGGAUAUGUCGCCGCACAGAGAUGCUAAACUUCCACCGCUAUCACCGUCACAAAAACAAAUACUUACAAAUGACCACAGUGUUCCAAAUAACACUGUCCAGAUGCCAGCGGAGGGACAAGAAGGACAAAGUGCAGUGAGAAAGUUGUGUGUUGCAGGCGGCAGUCACAUUUAUGCAGGCGCAGGGAGAAAGCCCCAACUGCUGAUGCACAUGGAAAACUAUGUGACAAGGGAGCUUCAUACUAUCAGUCCCAAUGAGCCCAAACACCAGGAAGUGAAGCUACAGGUCUACCGUCAUAUCUUUGGUUGUUUCAUCAAAGAGUUCAAAACCUACCAACCCAUUCUGUCUGCUAUCAAAAAGGAAUAUGAAAACACGUUGGCAUACCAGCAGGAUCAAAUCCGAGAACUGGAACCACUGCGAUCCCAGCUGUGGCUGGUGAGGGAGGAAUGUGAGCGGAAGAUUCAAGCUCGCUCUGGAGAGGAGCAGGUGGAGAUCGGAGCCUUGAAAAGGGAGAAGCAGCAGCUGCAGAGGGACAUCGAGGCCGCGAGGGAGAAAGACACGGGCACUCAGCAAGUGGUAGAACAUCUGCAGUGUGAGCUGUCUAACCAGUAUCUGCGGUACCGGGAGGAGCGUGACGCCCGCAGGUUGCUGAUUGGGCAGCUCAGUUACCUGACAAGAGCUUCUGGGAAGGAGGAGCACAGUGCAGAUGAAAAUACAGAAGAGGCCAAGGAUCCAGAGGCGCUGCAGCUCGCUCUGAGGGUCUGUCGAGGAGACCUGACUACAGCCCAGGAGGAGCUCACAAGGAUGAAGGCAGAGUACUGGGAUGUUGUACCACGACGCAACUGGGACACCCUGGAACAAACACAUGAGCAGACACUCCUGCAGUUGAAGACGCUGCAGGGUGACUUUAAUCAGCUGAGGAGUGAGUACGACACCUUGCUGGAGCUCCAUAAAGGAAGUGACAUGCCGGUUGAGACACUCGACUCAACCACUGUGCAGGUGGAUUUGAGUUUGUCUAAGGGACAAAGGCAAAUUCAGUCCAGCCAGCGUGAGAGCGACACCCUCACUGUCCAGGAGUUCAGGGAAGACGUGAGCACAGCGUUCCCUCUGAAGACGGAUGAGGAAAUCAAUGAACUUGUGACCUUGGCUCAAAGUGAAGCAGACAGAAACAAUGACAUCAUCUCCUCCCAGAGGCUCCACAGCUUGCCUGAAGAAUCUGGUGUGGCAGCCCAACCUCCAGUUCUUGACCAAUCCGAGGACAAUGUUGAAUCAAAUAGUUUUCCAGCCAGCAACUGAUAUAAAGUUGUAAUAUUUGUAUUCGUGCCAUUCCCCCUCUGCUGUUAUGGGACCAGAAAUCCAAAUCCCACCAAUUAAUAUAAUAACUAUCAAAUGUGCCUUGUAGAAUUGGUAAAGGUCAUCUUGCAAUAUAAUUAUAUUUGUAUGUUUAUUCUUAUUCAUUACAUUGUCAACAGACUUUAAAUGUGCAGUUUUCUUGUUAAAUGGACAAACUGGAUCUGCACAUAAAAGAAAGAGCUAUUCAUCCAAUUCCAGAUCGCAUGGAAAACCACAUAAUAUAGACCACACUUAAGAAUCACUGCAUCAGAGAGGAACGUUUAUCAUGGUGCACAGUUAUCAGAACUCUGCACCAUCGGGCUCAGUCUGUACGCACAAGGUCAGACGGCAACGAAAAGAAACUAACACAUAUCCAAAAUAACUUAAAACAUGUGGUUAUCCCAGCUGGGCCUUUAUCCAAACAACAAAACGGAGAAACAGGGCAGAAAGGGAGGAAAAGAAAGAUCAACAGAACAAUGUAGCUGGAGAAUCUGAAAAACUCAGGAGGAUUUCCCACAAACACCACAUCCCAGUACACAUCAAGCCUGCCAACACACGGAGGCAGACACUGGUCCACCCCAGAGUCAAAACACCCAGAGAGUAUCAGAUCAACGCAGUAUGCAGGAAUGCUCAGAUCUGUACAUUGGGGAAACUAAACAACCCAGCUCAGCACAGGAGAGACAGCUCCUCAGAUUAGGUCCCAACAGUCCACCUACAUCUUAUAGGACAAGGGACAUUCACUGGAAGACAACAAUGUCCACAUUUUGGCCAGGGACGACAGGUG